AUGGUCUUGUCGUCGGUGCCGAUCGGCGACCGUGUCCCAGUUACCGUACCCACUCCACCACCACGACGAAGUACCGGUUCCCGCUCUCGCACCAGCAUCCCGCCAAUGGAACGGAGUCCGAGCGCGGAGGGCGAUGCAAAGGCCCUUCUUGCGACUGCUGAGACCCUCACUGGCCUGAUCCUCGACGAGCAGGAUAUCCAAAUUUUCAUCAAAGAGGAAUCCACCAGCCCAUCUUCCAGCCAUGCCACACCUUUCAGGAUAGGGGGCGGCCCGCCAAAGCCCGGGUCGGCCGGCCCGUCUAAGAAAUUGACCGGCGUUGCCGCGCGCAAGGCCGCCGUGGCUCAGCAACGAACCGGAAAGCAUGUUGUUGGGAAGGGGGCAUCGGCAUCUUCCAAAGGCAGCCAGGUGAAGUCUCCGCCGACGCCUGGGCAGCCUAUCAUCCCGCGCAAGAACCAGGACUGGGACCCGUGGAAGGAUGUUUUGUACGAGUUGUACAUCACCCAAAAUCGGAUUCUCCGGGAUAUAAUUGGUAUCAUGGAGACGAAGCACAAUCUUCGGGCGACGUCGAAGAUGUUUAAGAAUCAAUUUGCUCGUUGGGGCUUCUUCAAAUACGCUAUCAAAGGACGCUCCCGAGCCAAAGUUGAAUCACCAAUAGACCAAAGCUCGGACGAUUCACUCGACGGCGCUCUCGUCCUUUCCCGAGACAACUUAUUACACGCAGAUAAUGGGACACGCAGUUUACAAUCCGGUCUCACGGCAGUCCGGCGUUUCGUUCUUGGCCACGUCGACCUCGAGCCUGCGAAUCUCCAAGUAGAAGAGGUGGCCGGUUUUGUGGACCCUUGCUACCGUUACUUUAGGGUCGCCAUGGACCUUUUUGAUCUGAACGAGAACCUUGAAGGCGGCCGAGUGCUCCGCCUCGCCUUUCUCCAAAUCGAACGCAAAAUCUCCAAGCCCACCAUGAAAUCUUUUUCGGACCUCUGCAUCCUCGUUCCCCAUCUCCUUCACGAAUCCGGCCGCCGCGAUAUCCUUUCCGCCUACCUAAACUACCUCUCCCGCCUCGCCACCGUUAAGUUCGGCAACCACCCCAUUCCCGAGCUUGCCGCAUCAUUCGCCACCCUCGUCGAAGAACGGCCGGAGGAUGCCAUGCGCUUUAUCAUGCUUCUUUCCCAGGUUAACUCGGACACCAUCGGCGCUCUUCCCGGGGUGCUCGAUCGCACCGUCGAAUGGGCGCGCAACCAAUACUUGGCCUGCCAGCGGACGAAUGCGCCCGAGCCCUGGCGGUCACCCGUCUCAACCACGAGUAGCAGCAGCGGUUCGAGCACAAGCAGUGAGGGCCACGACAACCACAUGCUUCGCCUCGAAGCGCAGAGUGUCUACUGGGCGCAGAAGCUCAUCAUGCACGACCCGAUCAGCGACGAGACAGCGCUACAAUGGCUGCAUCGCCGGUUCUCUUCCGACUUUGUGGAGCGCUGCGAAGGGUUUAUUACGCGGCUCCAACAAAUGGUCGCCUCUGGGGGGUUCCCAAUCGUGUUUGCCCGCAUGAUGGAGUGUUUAUAUGUCGGUUGGCUGUACGACUACUACGAGGCGCGGGGCCAAUGGGAGAAAGCAUUCCACUGGGGGCGUCGGGGGCUGGAGUUGUCGUCAGAUGAGCAGUACGCGAUUUGGUCGAUUCACUUGGAGGAUUCGAUGCGCCGGCACGGAUGGGCUGGCGAGGCGGAGGAGUUGACGAAGCGGAGACGGGAACAUGCAUGGCUGGAGAAGGUUAGGGGGGAGGUUGAUCGGUUGGCUAUUGCUUGA